AUGCAUUUUACUGGCAUUGAUCAGGAAACCAAACCAGUGCGUCCUGCUCCCAAAUCUGGUUCGUGUAAAGUCAAAGUUCUCCCCAGGGGCAAGUUCUCACGCACAGGCGAGAUCAAGCGAAAACAAUGGGAUAGCACCCCUUAUAUUGGACACAGUGGUUUCAACCGAAGAACGGUGUGUAAGAACCUUCAGCUCCCAGUCCCGACACCAGACUACACAUGCGUGCCUGUUAAACGGACCAAACGUUUGAGCAACGGAGAAAUAGAGGAACGCGAGGUUCUGGUGUGUCAGGAGAAUUGGAAGCCAGCUGUGUGGGCUUGCGGGCCGCAGAACAUGGUCCACGUGAUGCAGUGUCACAAAUGGGGAGCGGGAAUCUCCAGGACAGACCUAACACCUCUGCCCAACAACUACAGGAUUUUAUUCUGCCUUGGUUCUGACCAAACGAAGACUGAAGAUGUGUAUGCCCACCCUGUUGUAUGUGAGAUCAGCAACGGAGCCGCCAGUCAAGACAGAGGGAGACUGUUUGAUGAAGGUAGCCUGGCUGCUGGAGGGAAUCAUGAUAUCUGCUGCUGUUGGAACAGGUUGCCUGGCUGCUGGAGGGAAUCAUGA